GGUAGACCAUUCUAAUCAGGGUUUCUCUUUCUCAAGCAAAAGAGGAUCCAAGCAACUGACAAACUGUCACGGAAUCUGCCGGAUCUCAUGCUGGCCUUGCCCCCUCUCUCCAUCUCCUGAGUGUUUCCCCCUCCUCACAGGCUGUGAGCCCAUUCCUAGGAAACUAAAGGUGGGGGACUCCUGGUCCACAGCCAGCCUCGGCCUGCUGAGCUGAUCCAAGUGGCCUGCCUGUUCCCCCUGGUGGCCUGAUGACAGAGCUUCAUGGAGGUAUCCUCCAGACCCUCCUCCAACAUCGAUCCAGACAACUAUGUUGAAGUAAAUGAUUUGGCCAUCCACAUACCCUCUAAAGUGGUGAUACAAGAUAUUACUAUGGAGCUACACUGCUCACUGUGUAAUGACUGGUUUCAUGAUCCACUGAUGCUAAGCUGUGGCCACAACUUCUGCCAAGCCUGUAUCCAAAACUUUUGGAAGUUGAAAGCAAAGGAAACAUUUUGUCCUGAGUGUAAGAGGCUAAGUCAAUAUAGCAACUGUACAUUCAACCUUGUGCUGGAGAAGCUGGUAGAGAAGAUUAAGAAAUUACACCUGCUCAAGGGCAAUCCACAGUGUCCAGAGCAUGGAGAGAAUCUGAAACUGUUCAGCAAGCCAGAUGGGAAAUUGAUCUGCUUCCAAUGCAAGGAUGCACGGUUGUCUAUGGGGCAGUCUAAGGAGUUCCUGCAAAUCACUGAUGCUGUCCGUUUCUUUACGGAGGAGCUUGCCAUUCAUCAGGGUCAACUGGAGUCUACCCUGAAGGAACUUCAGUCUCUGAAAAACAUGCAGAAGGAUGUAAUUGCUGAUUCCAAGGAAAACAAGGUACAUCUGCAGCAACACAUUUCCCUGGAGUUUCUAAAGCUGCAUCAGUUCCUGCACAGCAAAGAAAAGGACAUUCUAAAUGACCUCCAGGAAGAGGGGAAAGCCUUGAGUGAGGAGAUGGAGCUGAAUCUGAACCAGCUUCAGGAGCAGUGUCUCCUUGCCAAAGACAUGUUGGAGAGCAUUCAGACACGGAUGGAACAGCAAAACUCCUUCGACUUCCUGAAAGACAUCAACAAUUUUUUGGACAGCUUGGAACAAGGAAUGAGGGCACUGACACCCAGACAGCUUAUCUCCAGAAAGCUGAACCUAGGCCAGUUCAAAGGUCCCAUCCAGUACAUGGCAUGGAGGGAAAUGCAGUCCACUCUCUCUCCAGGCCUGUCUGCAUUAACUCUGGACCCUAAAACAGCUCACCCAAAUCUGGUGCUAUCCAAAGCCCGGACCAGUGUGUGGCACGGUGACGUUAAGCAGUGGCGGAAGGCGGGACGAUCAGCGAUUCGCGGGCCGCGGACUUCUUGUUCAGCUGUGACGCCUCGCACCCUGACACGCUGAGGGUCUUGCUGUUCAGCCCAGGCUGGCCUGGAACUCACCAUCCACCUGCUUCUGCAUCCCCGAUGCUGGGAUCACCGUGCACCAAGCCCAGCUUCACAGCAUCUUUUCAAUAUCAAACUCUACCUCUCAUGAAUCUGUCGGUGGCCAGAUACCAUGGAUCAGGACUCCAUAAUUGUUGCUAUUUUAUUAAUUAAUGUGUUUAUGUGUUGCCAGCACUGGGGUUUGAACUCAGUGUCUCCCACUUGCUAGGCAAACGCUCUACCACUUGAGUCAUGCCCCCAUCCCUUUUUGUGUUGGUUAUUAUUGAGUUAGGAUCUUGUAUUUUUGCCCUGUCCGGCUACAGGACUGAUCCUUCUUCCUGUGCCUCUUGAGUGAUAGAGUUAGCUUGGAAACACGCAGGUGUUGAGGACUACAGGUGUGAGCCACCUGUCAGGCUAAUUGUUGAACCUUAACAAUUACCCUCUGCUCAGAUUGUCAUGGUAACUUUCUAAGAGAUUGCUCUGCCUGGAAUCUGCCCACUGCCAUUUCCCUUCACCCUCCUCUUCAGAUUAUGUUAAAAACAGAUCUGCUCAUGGC